AUGAACGAAUUACUGCAGAAACAUGGUUGUGCUAACGUAUUUACCAUUCCAGAAGGCCUCAAAGAACUCAUGGCUGAUAUAACUCGUGAGGUACUCCGCGCGCAACCAGAAAAAAUAUUCGACUUCGUGGCUAACUACCUCUCCGCGCUCAUCAUCACGCGCGAACACGGUAUCAUGGCGGUGAAGAUACUGGACGACCUGUGUGACUGCCGACCCUCGGUGACGGAGCAUUUGGAGGCCUUGGGCUUUCCGCUGGCGGAGGCUUCUGAUAUAGCUGCUAUUAUACAUGAGGAGAUUGAGAAGACUGAGCCGGAUGAGGGAAAUGAGCAUGUGAAAGAGACUCAGAUCCUGAAAAAAAUCCUACAUAGGAAUCCUAUAGACGAGGAUAUGACCGCCAAAGUUUGCCAGAUCGCAAGAAACGCUUACCGCGACUAUUGGUACAGGAAGGAAUUGUUAGCAAAGACUUUAUCGAAACAGCCAGAAGAGCCGUGGGAGGUAGCCGCGGCACAUACCCUCGAGAUUUACAAAAGAACCAACCCAACCUUCAGCGAGCUUAACAGAGCCACGGAGAAAAUACAGGCAGCGUACAGGGGCUACCAUGUCCGCAGAAACUUGCUCACACUUAAGGAAAAGCCUGGGCCGAAGAAGAAGCUGCCUGGCCCGCCGAUUGACGUCGCAGGCUCCAGGGAGGUCGACCUGGGACGCGUUAUCAGUUUAAAAGUAGCCCACGACGACGUAAGCAAGAUGUUCGAGGUGGACGUCAGGAACCAGCUGGGUCUGCCGUUUGACACCACUCGCAUGCUCACUCACAUCCCUAGCGAAGAUCUAAAUGCGAAAGAGUGCUCCUGCGAUGCCAUUGACUUUGGUCGCCGUGUGCCACGAACACCGUAUUCAAGUGGCAUGGUAGAUUCCUUACGCUCAGAUAAAGAUGAAACUGAUGAUAGUAUUCCGUCGAUUACUAAUGUUCCCAGAAUCUCCUUCGCAAGGGAGCCCCCGGAGAUCUUUGGCGAGAAAUUUGGCGCGACGCGCAAAAUGACCGAGCCGCGCAAUGUGCCCGAGGCGCCCCACGUGCCCAGGGCGCGCAAAAUGCCCGAGGCGCCUCCAGUGCCCGAGGAGCCCACUCUAGUCCCAGCGCUGGACUCCGACGAAGAAUACGAGGAAGUUACCGAAGAAAUCACCGAUGAAGCAACACGCACGGAAGACUACGAGAGUUACGUGUCGGAUGUGACCAUCGUCCCUGAGGCCACCACGGGCACCGAAGUCACCACUGUCCCUGAGGCCACCACGGGCACCGAAGUCACCACCGUCCCUGAGGCCGCCACGGGCACCGAAGUCACCACCAUCCCUGACGCCAGUACGACCACGGACGUCACCGACGAAGACGCGCAAGAGGGCGAAGAAGAAUAA